AUGGAAAAACCCUAAACAUAUGCUGUUCUUGGAGCAGGUCCUGUAGGCUAUGUAUUAUCAAUUUCUCUUGCAUUAAGAGGUUACAAUGUCGAGCUAUUUGAGAAAAGAUCAGACCCAUUGACCACCCAAUAAUCUGAUGAGUGGAGAUCUACCAACUUUUUACUUUUCUAAAGGGCUUUUCCAGCCUUUAGAAAGAUAGGAGUUUUAGAUGAAGUUUUAUAAUUCUCAGCUAAAAUGGAUAAAUUAAAAAUAAUCUUAAAAGAUCUUGAUGAAUUUGAACUGAACUAUAAAGGCAAGAGCCAAGAAACAUUCGCGUAUUCAAUGAAUAGGAAAGAAAUUUAAAAGAUACUUGCAAAAAGAAUAAAAGAUUUCCCCGAGAAUAUUAAAGUCAAUUACAAUACGUCUAUCUCAAAUGUAAAGAUAGAUUAAUCAAGUUUUGAUGUUAAGCACUCGGACGGAAGAGUUGAAACCAAAAGUGGAUAUGACAUGAUAUUUGGUACAGAUGGUAUUCACUCUGUUGUAAAAGAAGCCUUUUUUUCUAUUCCAGGAUUUAGUUAUUUAAGAGAGUAUAAUGGAUAUGGUUAUACAGAACUUUAAAUACCUGCUUUUGAAGCUGCAGAAGGAAAUCAAUUCAGAGUUUAGGAGAAAACAUUUUUUCAUUGGCCUAGAAAAGAAGUAGAUACUCAUAUGUGGGGAAUGCCAAAUUAUGAUGGGAAUAUAAAUAUUGGAUUAAUUUUGAAGAUUACUGGAGAAUACUCAUUUGAGUAUUUUAAGAGUUCAGGCUUUGAAGUGUUUCAGAAGUUUAUGUUUGAAUAAUUUCCAGAAACCAGAUAUCUCAUGCCAAAUAUGAAGGAUUUAUAUGAAAAAUGCUAGUUAACUAGGAUAGCUUCUAUGAAAUGUGGACCUUGGAGGUAUGGCAAUUUCUAGCUAAUAGGAGAUUCAGCUCAUUGUUAAAAUCCUUUUGGAGCUCUAGGGUUUAAUGGACAUAUGGAGGAAUGUUCCUUGAUAGCUGAUUUAUUAGAUAAGCAUGAAUCGAACUGGAAUCAGAUUAGUGAUGAAUUCUACGCAAUAAGGAAGCCUAUUUCUGAUAAAAUGAAUGAAUAUGGAGAAGCUUAAUUCAGCUUGAUGAAAUAUAAACUCUUUGACGAAUAAAUCCAGAUAAUGAUAUUUUUCAAGCUUCAUUUUAACUAAUCAGAUUUCAUGAUACAGAUUUCUUACAAUGCAUGA